GACACAGGACGUUUAGCUGCACAGUGCAGAUUUACAAAACAUAGCGAUCGAACAAGAUGUGAACUUGAAACAUACGCGGUCCGUUGUGUAUUCUUUAGAUCUGCACAGUCACAUCCCGUUUUUGACGGAAGAGGAGUUUUGCGUUAAACUGCAUGAGUUCGCUACUACAGAGUUUUACCAUUUAAUUUGUUGUUUUUGUGAAAUUUUAUACUAAAAUGUGCAACGGUUGCGUGCAAAAGGAAUAUCCAGACCGGGGUAACACUUGUUUGGAGAAUGGCUCGUAUCUGAUGAACUAUCUGGGCUGUGCUAACUGCCACAAGAGGGACUUCGUGCUCAUCAACAACAAAUCCACCGAGGAUGAUGAUGGAGAGGAGAUAGUGACAUACGAUCAUGUUUGUAAGAACUGUGACCAUGUCAUCGCCAGGCAUGAGUACACCUUCUCUGUUGUUGAUGAAUACCAGGAGUACACCAUGCUCUGCAUGCUGUGUGGAAAAGCAGAGGACUCCAUCAGUGUUCUACCAGAUGACCCCAGACAGUCUGCACCUCUUUUCUAGACCUCCAGCAUCACACUUGCAGUUUUUAGAUCAACAUGUUUAUACUGCUGGCUAAGGCUUUGACUAUUCUAUAUGUUUUUUUUACAUCGGUUAUGAGUUCAGAUAAUUUUUUUAAGAGGGAUCACUGAAAUGCCACAAGACAAAUGUCCCAUCUGGACGGAGAUAACCUUUUUUCUUCCUGUCAUUAGUGUGUGUUAACAUUUUCUUUAGCUUCCUAUAAACCUGUAAAGCUCGAUUUUCAACUUUGUCUUUUGCAACUAGUUGAGAAAAAAAAAUGACCAGAAGAAAGUGAUGCUUUGAUCACAGAAAGACAAACGCAAAGAAAACGAGGAACAAAGCAGACUAGUAUUUGCUGGUCUAUGCUGCAAUGUAUUUUGAUAAGCAAUUCAAUAAAAAUACAGAUGUUUCA